GGAGGCUGCGCAUCCCCCCAAACCAACUACUCUCCUCUCUUGUGUUUUGCUGCAUAUCUAAAAUCCAUUCAAGUGCCUGCCUGAUGAUCUCAACUUUCCUUUGUAAAUUGGUGCUUUGCGGCCGGGCCAGAGUUAACGAAAUGAGCCCGAGCCCGGUGGUGAAGCUGGGGGCGUGGGGAAGCGACGCCGGGGCCGCCCACGACAUCGACGUCACCGCUGCGGCGCCGCACCGGCUGGAGAGCAUCGUCGUCCGCUGGGGCAAGGUCAUCGACUCCGUCGCCUUCACCUACACCGACGAGGGCGGGCAGCUGCACACCGCCGGGCCCUGGGGCGGCGCCGGAGGUGUAGAGGAAGACACUGUGAGCUCCUUUCUUUCAAAUUCAAAUUCAAUUUCAAAUCCAAUUGUUUAUCUAUCUAUCCAUCUCUCUCUUAUUCCAAAAUUGGUCGCCUGGUCGGUGGGCCCGUUCCGGUUCAAGGAGAUCGAGGACUGCAUCACCUCGCUCAAGUUUGUGACCAACCGGGGGGCCACCUACGGCCCCUUCGGCCGAGGGGACGGCGCGCACCACAGCCUGCCAGUGCUCGACGGCGGCAGCCUCGUCGGCAUGUUUUGCCGCGCUGGAGACUACCUCCACGCUAUCGGCUUCCACGUCCGACCCUUGGCCGUCGUCGAGUCCACGGCCUCGCCGGCCAAGCCUCAAGGGGAGAGUUUGCCUGCCGUAGCCACUGAGGGAUAGGAGAGGGAAAGAUAAAAUAAAAGGCCGUUUGAAUCUUUGUGAUGUCGAGUCUCUGAAUCACUACAUUACAUGCACAUCAUGUAUCUAUCUCUGCGCUAGCUCCUCAUGUCAUUACACUAUGACUUGCUUAGCCCUAUCAAAUUUUGUCACAUGCAUAGUCCGAGAAAUAAAGAAAGGCUGUAUGUUCAAUAUUUUGGAUACCGGUCAUGGAAGUAAACCGAAUUCUAAAAUCAAAUGAAUUUCACCUUCUUAUGUGUGUGCUGGAACAAGAUUUUUUCCUACUCAUAUAUGCUUAGUUGAAAGAAACCGUAGCUUUGGCAUACCAAGCUCUAAGUUGCCUUGCCAUCAGCCAACUGUUUUAAUGCAAAGUAAUAAAAGCAAAUCUGUCAU